AAUUAACAGUCUGACAGAGCUUGAAUGCUCUGCUGGAUAACCAUGCAAUCAUGCGCCUUUUUCCGUUUCCUGAAUUUAAAACAAUGGCAAGAGUACAGAUUUCGCCAUAAGAAUAAAAUUCAUUGUCUUAAGUUUGAAGUAUUCUCUAGUCUGGUCUGGGUCGUUUUAUCGAUUGCACUGAAAACCCCGUUAGUCAAACUAAAAAUUUCCACAAUUAAUUGCCAUAUAUUUCUAUUGAUUCUAGUUGUAGGAAUUGGAAUUUUCAUGCUGAUAAGACAGCAAGUAAUUGCUUGAUAAACUAUUCUCAAAUUGUGAGGGAAAUUAGUGACUGAUGACUCUAGGAAAUUAAUAGCAGGUGAAGAACAAAUAUUAAAAUGUUCGUCUAAAUGUAAUUUGUUAAUCAACUACUGUCUGUGUCAGUGCGAUUGGACAGUGUGCUGUAAGAACGUUAUUUUCUCAUGGUUUCACUUAACGCUUUGAAAUAACUGUCGCGGCAAAUUUAGGGCUUCACACUUUAUUGACUUUUUCAUUAAACUGAAAUUAGCGUUCAUUGUGGUUGCAACGAAUCGCGGAUUACCGGUGCUUGGUUAACACGGAGAAUGAUUGCUGCGUUCUUUUAUAUUCAUCCUCUAUUUAACCAUUUCAAAACGUUGUGCUCAGUUGAAAGCGAUAGGGAGAGCUAAUCUCGGUCAAAAGAUGAACCACGAGUCUAACGAAAAGCCCGUCAUCCCGAGGAAAGCUUUGAAGGAGAUAAGACCGAAGCUUGGUGAUAAAUUAAAUAAUUUGGACCAAUCGGCGGAAUUGGCAGAAAGGAAGAAGGGAAAGCCACCAUAUUCGUACAUCUCUCUGAUAGUUAUGGCCAUCUUACAAUCACCCAAUCGCCGUCAAACGUUAAGUGGCAUCAUCGAACACAUUCAAAAGCAGUUUUCGUAUUACAGCGAGAAUUGCCCUGCCAAAGGAUGGAAAAAUUCCAUCCGCCACAACCUCUCCCUUAAUGACUGCUUCGUGAAGACGUUCAGAGAUCCGACGAACCCCAGCAAAGGGCACCUGUGGUGUCUUCAUCCACAGAGCAAACACAUGUUCGAAGGUGGAAGCUUCAUGAGAAGGAAGAAGCGCUUUAGAACUGGCUCUACAGACGAGGAAGAGAGACGCGUUGUGCCUAACAGCAACAUUACCCUGACGUCAUAUCAUGACGUAGUUCACACGUCACCUCAUGACGUCAUCUCAUCGAUGUCCGUGCCGGGUAAAGCUCCAUCCAGGCCUUACUUUAUGGGGCAAGAAGAAUGGAACCGAGAGUACCGUUACAAAGAGGAUCUCGAUAUGCAAGUAAGUUUGUACAAACACUGUGUUCCGUGGGCAGCACAAGGUGGAAAAGUCAAAUUAUCGGCUACGACUAACAGUGCUCUUUGUCUUAUUUGCACCCACUGCACUUGUUUCUAUUGAUUAUAAAAACAUGUUACGUGUUUUUUUAACAUGGUCUGGAACUAUUGAUUGCAAAGAAACUAGCGCACAGUAGAUUCCGGUCAAAACUCAUGAAACCAACAACAACACAACAAUAGUCAUAGAACCUCCUUAAGCUCAAAACGAAAACAAGUAAAAUUGCCUGAAGCGCAUGAAGACACCCAGUUGCACUUCCCUA